CAAUAACUUUAUAUCCUUCCAUGACGGCAUACUGGCAAGACGAACUAUGAGCGAAGUCAGUAAUACACAGGGCCGGCCGUAAGGCGCACGCUUUGACGUGCACUAUUUGUUAUCAGUGUACACGUGCGAAAUUAUACGACUACGUUAUGAUAAAAUACAUCAUCGAUUAAUUUGUGAUUGUGUUUACUGAUGUUUCUUUGUGAUAUUUGUUUAAUGACAUUGGCGCCAAUGCAGAGUGAGUCGGACCUUAGUAAAUGCGAAAAUGAAAAACUGCUGUCAAAAUUAUUUUUAGUUAAUUUAGACAAAUAAAUAAGCUAAGAAUAUGGAAUUAUGCACGUGGGCUGUGAUGUUAAUAGUCUCAUUAACUUCAGGACUUCCCGUGGCGUCGCCACUGCAGUGUUACCAGUGCCACAUUAACCCACCGGUGGGACAGACCUACAACACGACCAAGAACCUGUGUGCACACUUCGACUACUCGGACAAGUUUAUUGUUGAGUGCCCAUACUCCACGAUGUGCAUGAAACAUGAAUUCCAUCUGGAUAUACUGAAUGGCAAAACAAUAACCAACGUGGUGCGGGACUGCGCGCAACAGAAGCACGAGUACCAUGACUACCACAACGGCCAGUGGUCACCAAAGAUGGAAGUCUUGGAGCCCUACCACGAGGGUUGCCAGAACGUCGACGAUAAGGGAGAGAGGACCACGUCAUUCAACAGAUACUGCUACUGCCGCAGCAAUCUAUGCAACACAUCAGCGAACACGAACCACGAGGGAUAUACUGAUAUCAUGGGAGUAAUCGUCGUGUUCAACCUGAUGAAGUACAUCAACAGUCUUAGAUAAUGUGCUAAGUAAAACAGACUAUAUUACAUUUUAAAAGAAAAAAAAGUUAAAAUAAUAUUUAAUCAGUAAAAUAUACAGGUAUUUUUUUCACUGCACAAAUUUUACAAGAUCUAUAAAAUGUGAUUUUUUUUUGUUCUCCCAUACAAAUUGGUUGAUCGGACUUGAAGUAUGGAAAGACGAAAUAUUACGUUCUUCUUUCAGUUUAAAAUUCUUUUGGAAGUUGUUGCUUUCCAUGUACGUGGCGUCUGAACAGAGCAGUCUAUAUUUACAUGGGAUGUGACGACGUGAGUGGAGUUAAAUGUGAUAUCAAGUGAAAAGUUCCUCCGAGAGGAGUUAUUUUAGUGUUUAUAGAGCAUAGAUAAAUAUAGUGAUUUAGUUCUCUGUACAUAAUUUUUUUCAUUGACCAUCUAUUAGAACUCCAGUCUGGCUGCAACCACGGCGACUGCAAGGUUCUUGAAACGUCAGCAACAUUAAAUAAAAAAAGGUUCAUGCUAAGUCCCGUUAAUAUAUUAUGCACAUAUAUGUAGUUAUGCAUCCAUCAAAAUGUCACAUUCAAUCAAAUAGGUAAGCAAUGGUUUACUAAAGCUUACUUUUGUUAACGUUUCAUUCGGUAGAAGCUGUGGGUAGAAGUGAUAAUAACUGAAAUUAGGCUCUUGCCACUUCUACAUAGUCUAACGUUACCAAAAGUGCAACAAAACGCGAGAAAAUCAAGGAAUUUAUUUUAUAUACAAAACAUUCCACUAAGAUAAUUUCAUAAAAAAUAGUGUAUAAGAUUUUAUAUAAUAUGUAUAUGUUGUUAAAAUGUGUAGUGUUGUGAGUUCAGCACAUUGUGACAAUAGUUAUAAGAUUUAGGGUAAAUUACACAACUUGCUGAUAAUGUAUCUAAUGUAUCUGAUAGAACAGAUAAGAGUUAAAAAUUGUGUUUCACAAAUGUUAGAUAAUAUAUACAUCAGGGAGAUUUUUAUCUGUUAGGUUACAAUAUGAUAUUUUAUCAGAAAGUGGUGAAACACGUUUAUAGUUAGUAUUCCAGGACUGUGAUGUGACAUAAUAAUGUAUAAAAUUGAAGUGAUGUUAAAAUAUAAUAUUAAUUUAUGCAAUUAUGGUAAUAUUGCACAAAUAAUAAUUUAUUUUAUCGUGGACCAACUACGGUAAAUAAAUGACCAUAUUUUUGUGAAAAAAAAAAUCAUCAGAUAAAUAUAAUAAAAGCAAAAAAAUUUUGUUAGUUUG